AUGGGAUCCUUCAUGAAAAUCAUUAUUUUCUCAGCAAUUGCUCUUCUAUUCAUUGGUCUUUCAUAGGCAACUCAAAUUAAAAGCAAACUAACUUCAGAUAUGAAGCAUAAUGCUAAAAGGCCACUAUCAAUUGAAAUGUAAAGAACUUUGGAUGAACUUAUUGAGAGAUACUUGCAAAUUGAAGAAAUAGAUGAUAUAGAUUACUUCAAAUCUUCUACCUAGAGAAAUGUAGAGUCAUUCGAUGAUGAUAAAGACAGAUUAGCAAUACUUCAUAGCAUUGACCUUGAAAUAAGAUGUUAUGAUGAUGAUGAUGCUUGCGAGGAAUUAAAUAACUUCAGCCUUGCUCAGACAUCAGCAAAACAAACUGACACACCAACCAGAAGAAAAGGUGCUGUUUAAUGA